AGUGCUGGUUGGAGGGAGAGGGGGGUGCGGAGCCGGCCAGGCCGCCUGUUCCCAUAGCGAGGAGCAGAGCUUGCUGCCAUGGCGCUGGCCAGGCCGGGGACCCGGGACCCCAGGCUCCCAGCCCCUUUCCUGCUGCUGCUGCUGCUCUGGGUCCCUGCUCUUGCCCUCCUGGCUGGAACAGUGCCUUCAGAGACCCUGAGUGCCUGUGCCUCAGACCCAUGCACUCCAGGGACUGAGUGCCAGGCUACAGAGAGGGGCGGCUACUCCUGCAGGCCCACAGAGCCCGGGGGCUGUGCCACCCAGCCCUGCUACCAUGAUGCUCUGUGUGUGCCCCAGGGCCCAGAUCCUAGUGACUUCCGCUGUUACUGUGUGCCGGGUUUCCAGGGCCCACGCUGUGAACUGGACAUCGAUGAGUGUGCAUCCCGGCCCUGCCACCAUGGGGCGACCUGCCACAACCUGGCCGAUCGAUAUGAGUGCCACUGCCCCCUUGAUUAUGCAGGCGUGAACUGCGAGGUGGAGGUGGACCAGUGCGCCUCGGCACCCUGCCUGCACGGGGGCUCGUGCCUGGACGGCGUGGGCUCCUACCGCUGCGUGUGCGCGCCGGGCUACGGGGGCGCCAGCUGCCAGCAGGACCUGGACGAGUGCCAGAGCCGGCCGUGCGCGCAUGGGGGCGUGUGCCACGACCUGGUCGACGGGUUCCGGUGCGACUGCGCAGACACGGGCUACGAGGGCGCGCGCUGCGAGCGGGAGGUGCAGGAGUGCGCCUCGACGCCCUGCGCGCACAACGCCACCUGCCUGGACGGCCUCGGGAGCUUCCGCUGCCUCUGCUGGCCAGGCUACAGCGGCGAGCGGUGCGAGGUCGACGAGGACGAGUGUGCGUCGGGCCCCUGCCUGCACGGGGGCCGGUGCCUGCAGCGCUCCGACCCCGCCCUCUAUGGGGGCGCCCAGGCCGCCUUCCCCGGCGCCUUCAGCUUCCGCCACGCGGCGGGCUUCCUGUGCCGCUGCCCCCCAGGCUUCGAGGGGGACGACUGCAGCCUGGACGUGGACGAGUGCGCCUCAGGGCCGUGCCUCGGGGGGGGCCGCUGCCAGGACCUGCCCAAUGGCUUUCAGUGUCACUGUCCAAACGGCUACACAGGCCUGAAAUGUCAGGAAGAUGUGGACGAAUGCCUGUCAGAGCCUUGCCUCCAUGGAGGGACCUGUGAUGACAUCGUGGCAGGCUACACCUGCCGAUGCCCAGAGGACUGGGGUGGGCAUGACUGUUCUGUGCAGCUCACUGGCUGCCAGGGCCACACUUGCCCACUGGCUGCUACCUGCAUCCCUACCUUUGAGUCUGGAGUCCACAGUUAUGCCUGCCACUGCCCACCUGGUACCCAUGGACCUUCUUGUGGCCAGAAUACCACCUUCUCCAUGGUGGCUGGGAACCCUGUGCGGGUGUCAGUAGCAGCUGGUGGCCCCCUGGGUCUGGCAUUGAGAUUUCGCACCACGCUACCUUCUGGUGCCUUGGCCACUUGCACUGAUACCCAUAAUGGCUUGGAGCUGGAGCUGGAGCUGGCACUGGCGGCAGCCACACUUCAGGCCACACUCUGGAGCCACAGCAACACUGUGCUAGUUCUGAGGCUGCCAGACCUGGCCCUGAAUGAUGACCACUGGCACCGAGUGGAGGUGACACUCCACCAAGGGGUCCUGGAGCUUCAGCUUUGGCACGAGGGCUGCCCUGCCCAGCUCUGCGUGGCCUCCGGUUCUGUGGCCCCAGCUCCUACAGCUUCCACAGCCACGCCACCUGCCAGGUUCCGCUCUGUCCAGCUGGGCGGCGCGGCCUUUGCAGGCUGCCUCCAGGAUGUACACGUGGAUGGGCGCCUUCUGCUGCCUGAAGAUCUUGGGGAGAAUGCCCUCCUGGGCUGCAAGCGCCGUGAGCAGUGUCAGCCUCUGCCCUGUGCCCACGAAGGGGUCUGUGUGGACCUGUGGACUCACUUCCACUGCGACUGCCCCCGGCCCUAUAGUGGUCCCACAUGUGCUGAUGAGGUUCCUGCUGCCACAUUUGGCUUGGGGGGCGCCCUGAGCACUGCAUCCUUCCUGGUCCACCAGCUGCCAGGCCCUAACCUCACUGUGUCCUUCCUCCUCCGCACUCGGGAACCUGCUGGCCUGCUGCUCCACCUUACCAACGACUCAGCAGUUGUUCUGACAGUGUUCCUGAGUGAGGGCCAGAUCCGGGCCGAGGUGCUGGGCAGUCCUGCUCUGGUGCUCCCUGGGCCCUGGGACGAUGGGCUCCGCCGCCUGGUGACGCUCAGCUUUGGAUCUGACCAGCUGCAGGGCUUGGGGCUGCAGGUGCAUGUGGGUGGGAGACUCCUCUCUGCUGACGCCCAGCCUUGGGGUGGGCCCUUCCGAGGCUGCCUCCAGGACCUACGACUCAAUGGCCUCCACCUCCCCUUCUUUCCACUGCCACUGGGGAACUCAAGCCAGCCCGGGGAGCUGGGCAGCAGGCAGUCCUGGAACCUCACCAUGGGCUGUGUCUCUGAGGACACGUGCAGUCCUGACCCCUGUCUCAAUGGUGGGACUUGCCUGGUCACCUGGAAUGACUUCCACUGCACCUGCCCUGCCAACUUCACAGGGCCCACGUGUGCCCAGCAGCUGUGGUGUCCUGGCCAACCCUGCCUCCCACCUGCCACCUGCGAGGAGGUCCCUGAUGGCUUUGUCUGUGUGGCCGAAGCCACGUUCCGCGAGGGCCCUCCGGUGGCAUUCAGCGGACAGCUGCCAGAGGCGUGCAGCCCGAACGGCACCUGCCUCAAUGGCAGCCCAUGUGAAGGUGGGCCUCGGGGUGCCAACUGCAGCUGCCAGGAGGGCUCUUCUGGCCAGAGGUGUCAGAUCUCCUGUGAAACGAACCCCUGCUUGAAUGGGGGCACCUGCCAGGCAGCUGGUGAGGAGUAUGAAUGUAUCUGCAGCACACGGUUCUCGGGCCAGUUCUGUGAAGUGGUGAAGGGCCUGCCGCUGCCGCUGCCGUUCCCGCUGCUGGAGGUGGCAGUGCCCGCAGCCUGCGCCUGCCUCCUCCUCCUCCUCUUGGGCCUCCUCUCAGGGAUCCUGGCAGCCAGAAAGCGCAGACAGUCAGCGGGCACCUACAGCCCGAGCCAGCAGGAGGUGGCCGGGGCCCGGCUGGAGAUGGACAGUGUCCUCAAGGUGCCGCCCGAGGAGAGACUCAUCUAGGCCUGCCUGGCCACCAGCUCCAGCACCCGUGAGGUCACGAACGAUUUCUACCUGG